GCCUCUUUUGAACGGAUUUCGCUCGCGUGUGCAUCACUCUAUCGGACAGAAUGGUCAGUCGAGAGGGAGCGUCACGCACAGCAGAGGUGACUCGCUCAUCCAUGGUGGUGCAUGAGUGAUGUCGGUGCAGGCGGCUCAGUGGGGACGCCCCUACACCUCCUCUCAGUUCGCAGGCAAGCAGCUGACAGAAUCCCCGCAAACAAACGGCAAACAGGCUCGUUUGCUUGUCGUUGCUGCUUCAGAUGACGACCCCAUCGAGGAUCUGCCGGAAAUGCCGUCGUCGAGUGCCUCCUCCUACCAGCAGCAGCAGCAGCCGCAGCGUCACCUCGCCAACCCGUUCGGUCACAUCGCCACCCGACCCAACGCACACUGGUCCAAAGCAUCCUCACUCACGCGAGCAAGCAACACAAGCACCACUCGUGGGCAGCAGCAGGGGCACCAGGGGCACCGUCCAGGGGCGGCGAUGAGUCGCUACGGCCAGAGCAGCUACGGCAGCAGCGGCCCGUCGGCGCAGGCAGCCGCUCAGACGUCGCUCGUGUGCGUGUCGCAAGCUUUGCCGCCCAGGAUGAGCCACAUCUUCCCAUACUCACACUUCAAUGUCGUGCAGUCGGUCAGCCACAAAGAACACAUGGAUGGGCGCGGCGCAUGUGGGUGGGUGUGGGGGAUUGUGUGUGUGUUGUUCUUUCAUGCAGGAGUGUUUCAACGACGCGUUUGGGAGCGACAGCGAUCUGGUGGUGGCGGCGCCGACGGGCAGCGGCAAGACGGGCGUGUUGGAGCUGACGAUGCUCAGGCUCAUCCACACCAACCAAGACCAAUUCAACGGCGGCGUCGACGGUCAGCCCACCACACCAUCACACCACCCACGCAACGUGGACACCCCUGCACGUGUUUGUGUGUGUGUGUGUGUGUUCUGUGUGCAGUGCCCAAGAUGCUGUACAUCGCACCCAUCAAGGCCCUCUGCAGCGAGCGGAUGCAGGACUGGCAGCACAAAUUCGGCGGUGGGAUCACCAAUCCACUCUUUCGUCCAUCCGUGUCUGUGUCUGAUGUGUCUGUGUGUGGUGUGCUGCUGUGCUGAUGGACAGAGUUGUUGGGUCUGACUGUGUUUGAGGUGACGGGCGACACGGACGACAGCACCACAUCCUUCAUGGUGCGUGGCAAAACAUGCAUGCACAUACACAAAUGCACGCAGACGCAGAUGGUCCAUCCAUCCAUUCAUUCUUGUGUCGUGUGUGUGUGUGUGUGUGUGUGUGCAGAAUAACCUCUACAUGGCCCAUCUGCUCAUCUGCACCCCCGAGAAGUGGGAUUUCGUCUCACGCAAGACGCCAGACAUCAUCAGCCACAUCAGGUGGGUGCCCCACGACACACAAAAGACGCACACACACGCCUUUCUGCACUUGUAUGUGUUCUUUGUGUGCACUAAGGUUGGUGUGCAUCGACGAGGUGCAUCUGCUGGGCAGCAAAAGGGGUCCCUGCCUUGAGGCCGUCGUCGCCAGACACAUGAUUCAAGCAAAGCCGAGGUAUGUGUGAUAUCAACACACCACACCACACCAUACACCCCCAGCACCCUCCUCCUCUGUUUUGUUCGGCAGACUCGUCGCUGUGUCUGCAACUGGUCGCGGACACAAUGCGCACACACCAACAACACGCACACCUGUGUGUCUGUCUGUCUGUCUGUCUUGCCGUCAGUGCCCAAUCUUGAUGACGUGGCGUCGUGGCUGGGGUGUGGUGCGGACCCGGGGGCCACGAUGCGCCGCUUCGACGCCACAUACCGACCAGUGCCGCUGCAGCACAUCGUCUAUGGUACGUGCACUUACCGUACUCCCCCUGAACACACGCGAUGGAUGCAGCCCCCCACCCCUGUCCUGUCACACCAGGCUACCCACCGGCCAAAGACAACAACGGCUUCCUGUUCGAGAGAGGACUCAACCAACACGGUAUCCUACUCACGACAACACACGCCGGCAGGCAGGCACUCAGAGGCAGGCAUCUCCCUCUCACCCGUGUGUCUGUGUGCCGGAUGUGUGCUGUGUUGAUGUCAUGUGUGUCAGUGCCUGAGUUGAUCCGUCGGCAUUCGUCAGGCCGGCCGUGUUUAGUCUUCUGCGUCACCAAGAAGGGCUGCGAGCAGACGGCCGCGGCCAUCAGAGACAGCGGCCUGCAGCUGGUGCAGAACGACCACCACCGACACGCCGCCGCACAACUCGCCUCACAGCUGCCAGAGAGCAUCCGCAAAUGUGCGCACGGGGGCAAGGAGGCAGGCAGGGGACAUGCUAGAGCCCGCUCUGUGUGCAUGUGCAUGUGUGUGUGUGGUCCAUCUCAUCUGCAGAUGUGUCUGCGGGAGUCGGGGUGCACAACAGCGGGCUCAAGCCAGAGGAGCGUCGCGUGAUUGAGGACGGCUUCGUGCAGGGCACCCUCCGAGUGCUGUGCACCACCACCACACUCGCACAGGGCGUCAACCUUCCCGCCCACCUGGUCAUCGUCAAGUCCACUCUCGCAUACAAGGGCGCCGGCUAUGUGUAAGCAACGACCGAACACCAACACCCACUUCCCCCUGCCCUUUUGUGCUAUGCAGUGACUACGAUGACCUUGAGAUGCUGCAGAUGAUCGGCAGGGCGGGACGGCCGUGAGUGUGUGUGUGGGGGGGGGGGGCGGGGGGAUGAGGAUGUGUGGGCACAUGCAUUGUGUGUUGUGGGUGUGUGGUGUGGGUGUGUGGGUAUCCAGUCAGUUCGACGACAAGGGCGUGGCGGUCAUCAUGUGUCCGAACAACAGCAAGGCCAAGUGGGAGAGGAUGGUCCAGGGCAACGUCCUGCUCGAGUCGUCGCUGGCCUCCAACCUCAUCGAAUACACCAACACAGGUCGGAUCUCCCACACACACAUCCGUCCUGCGUGUGGAUCGGUGUGUGUGUGUGUCAGAGAUCCAUCUGCGCACCAUUGAUUCGUACGAGACGGCCAAACAGUGGAUCCGCACCACGUUCCUCUACGUCAGAGCCAAGCGACAGCCGCAAAAGUACAGCCAACCCACGCAGACCAACAACCACACACACACACACACGUCAUCACCUGUUCCUCCGCCCCGCUCUCAACACGCAUGCACAUCUUGUCAACCAGGUAUGAGAUGCGCUCGCCAAUCGACCCGGCGAUCGACGCCAAAGUCAACGAAACCAUCGAACAGGUCACUUACACAAACACCACCCCAGACGCACAUCCACGACGUCAGUCACCUCGCCUGUGUGUCGGGUAUGCAGUUGCAUGAGGUCGGGAUGAUUUUGGUGGAUGAGGCGAGCGGGGCCAUCAGCAGCACGGCACUCGGCAGCGUCAUGGCAAAGCACAGCAUCAAGUUCGAGACCAUGAAGAACUUCAUCCAGAUCGACCCGAGGGAGGUCGAGGCCAACUCUCCAAAGGUCGAGAAGGGGCUACUCGAAGCCAUCAGCCAAGCCACAGAGUUCCUGGUAGCCCCACCACGACCCACACCCACAUACCCAACACACACACCUUGGUCGCUGUCCUGUGUGUGUGUGUGUGUGUGUUCAGGAUUUUCCCCCCAAGCAGGACCAGCGCAAACCCCUCCGCACACUCGCCACCAACUGCAGGUCCAUACACAGGCAGACCGCUCUCACUCCCCGCUCACCCCGACUGUGUGUCUGUGGUGGUGUGGGUGUGCAGGUAUCCGUUGAAGAAUCAGGCCAUCGGUGAUGCGCACAAGAAGGCGUUCGUCAUGCUCCAAUGCGCACUCGAGCACACCAAGGUCAGCACAACCAAAUACACACACACACAUGAAUCAUCUUACUGAUGGGUAUGUGCGUGUGGAUGCGACCUUGGUGUGUGCAGACGAAUCAGUGGGAGCUGUCGGCGCAGUUCGAUCAGAUACGUCGGCUGGCCGAGCGACUCUCCACGGUGGUCGAGACGGUUCUCACUGAAAAACCGUACAACGGGGUGGCGCUGGCGGAGGCAAUAAAGGUCGAGAGGGCUCUCAAAUGCAAGAUCUGGUCAGCCACCCACCCACACACGCGCACAUAUAGAAAUGGGCGACGAGUCAUUGAGUGAGUGCAUCAAGUGCCCCCCCUGUGUGUGUGUGUGCAGGAACGACUCCCGCGACCUUCAGCUGACACAGCUCGACGGCAUCGGGUUGGCCUCCCACCCCCCCACACACAUUCACGCCUUCACGCCGCCACACCACACCUGCCCGUCCCUCGUGUGGAUGUCUGCAGUGACGGUUUUGCCGCCAAGCUGCACGGCCACCGUGUGUCGACGCUCGACCAGCUGGCCCGAUGCGACUCGUCCAAGCUCAGCAUGAUGCGUGAGGGCCAGCACACACACACACAUACACACACACACAUACACACACACCGAUGAGGCGUGUCGCGAUUCCAUAUAGGUGAGGGCCAAUUGUCCCUGCAGCGACUGACUGAGUGGAGCAGGACGGCCGCCAGCAUCCCCCGAUACGAGGUCACCAUCGAGGUCCAGCAGCAGGGCCGCACCGCACUGGUCACACUCGAGCCAAUGGACGUCAUGGUACGCACCAGGAGAGAGGGGCUGUGGGGCACCCCAAUCAAUGCAUGUAUGUGUUGUGUGUGUCGUUCGUAUGUGUGUGUAGCCAUCGUGGCAGACGGUGGCAGGCUUUGAGCCGCAGAGGGCCACCUACCACCUGCUGCUGUACUCGGACGAGCGCCAGCUGAUCUUCAAUCGCAAGAUCGCCGUCAACGCCGCCAACUACGGCCAGCCCCUGACCUUCACCGCCGCGCUGCCCACGCCCGUCGGCCAGAGUGGGUGCAUCUUUGGACAACUCAUCUGCAGAGAAUACAUCGGAAUCGGUCCGUCACACACACACACACACACACUCUCCCAGACUGCAAACAUGUAUGCAUGGAUGGAUUGGUUCAGAUCGUGCUUUUUCGUGGCCCAAGGGUCUGACGAGUUCGUCGCUCGUGCAGCUGGAGCCGACCGCCCAGGCCAAACCCAAAGCCAAGAGCAGCAAGAAGAGAAACAACAACGACGUAACCACACACAUACACACACAUCCACAGACAGAGAGGCGUGUGCAUGUGUCGGCAUGUGUUCGCCUGUGUGUGUGCAGUCCAAGUCGGCGGCUGGUCGCCCUGCCAAGCUGCAGCGCACGCUGAGUCCCUAUCAGCAGCAGGCGGCAGCUGCACCUGGCGGCACCACGGGCAGCGGAUGGAUCACAAAGAAGGCGCCGCCCAAACCCAAAGCCAACAUCGCCACGCAAAGCAUGAACAACACCAGUACCAACACAGGUGUGUAUCCACACAAGACACCUGUCGUCAUGCAGCGGCCCUCGCCAUGUGCACUUGUGUGUAGAUUUCUCCGGUGCAGCGGCUGCUGGUGGGGCUGGUGGUGGUGGCAUUGCGUCUGGCCAGGGCAUCGACAGUAUGGCCACCUGGCGGUCAUUGUCCCGCAAGCACAACAUGUCCAGCGGGUCGACGGGCAGACUCACGCCCCACGACACACCGAAUGCCAUGACCACGACGGCCAGCGACCAGCAGCCAGCAGAGCCCCCCACGCAGCCGUCGACCGCCAACAUCGCACGUGUGUCCCCGGGCGUGCCCAGGCCAUUGAACAGACCAUCCGUACGCAAAGACGGAUCCCACACUUGAUUGAUUCAUGUGGUGGAUAUGGCUCAUGCCUGCCUGUGUUUUGGUGUGUUGUGGUGUGUUGCGUCUUGCAGAUAUCUCCCCGUUUCCCUCGUUCUGGUGCUGGUGCUGGUGUCAGUCGUCCGGUGCCUCGCCCGCCGCCCGUCAAUCGUAACCCCAACGCACCCGUCAUGAUGCCUCCCCGCCCCCCUGCCCAGCCGCCCUUCCCACACAAUGUCGCCAGGCCGUUCGUGAGACCCCCGCCGCCCACUUACGGUGUCGCCAGGCCGUUCGUCAGACCCCCACCGCACAGACCGGUGCGCCACCAAGACACGCAUACAUGGAUGGACUGAUACCGGCUGGCAUCGUGUGUGUGGGGUGUCGGGGUAUGUGUGUCAGGUGUGUGCGCCUGCUGCUCGUCCUCGUUGCGUGUCUGUGUCUGCGUCGAGUCGGUUCGGCCCGCCCGCCCCCCAUCAGAAUCAUAAUGCCCCCAUGCACAUGAGCACCACCACGACUACCACCACCACCACCAGCACUCGCAGCAGCUACGCUGCCUAUGCCAUGCCGCAGAGCUACAACCCGGUGAUGCACCAGCCGGCGGCCAGCCAGCCAUUCGACCCGUACGAUGACGACAACACAGAGAUGGACACGGGCAUCGACACCCACACCCACACGGCCGACGACAUGAUGACGCAGCAGCCGCAGCCGGGUGUGAGCGGUGUGGGCGGCGGCAUGGGGAUGGGUGUGGGUCUCGGCGUGGGAGCUGAGCAUCAGGGCGGUACAGCGGACAUGGCCAUGUCCCAGUGUGAUCAGCUCUUCACAGAUAUCUGGGAGUGACUGACAUGUGAAGGACACAAGAAGAAACAGCCAACAGCCAUGCAGACAGACAGACUCAGAUGGACACAUGGAUGAUCGAAUGAAUGCUGUCAGUGGUCCAAGUGAGAUGGAUGGAUGUAUGGAUGAGUGAGUGAGUUGAUGGCUGAUCGAUCGCAUAUACUCGAUGGAUGGACAUUCGCAGACACAGACAGACACUGAUUAACGUCGCA